GGAUGAUUACUCGAUUGUUAUCCCCAGUCGUGACUCGUGACGUUUCAUGGGGUUCCCUUCCCUGAUUGGUUAUCCUCCUCAAUAGGCCUCCGUAUAUUAAUCGGUCGUCCAAUACCUCAGUAUAACAGACGAGGCCUUUGUUGUACCAAUACAUACACACGGGUACAAUAUUAUUACACACACAUAUAAAACAAUAUUAGAAAAUCUUGGAGAACACACCGUUAGAAAUAACAUAGCACAAUGAACGGGAGUAACGGAGCAAGGAACGGUCACAGGAACCCACACUUGGACACACUACAGUGGAAAAUUGGACUGAUAAACUCGGACGGAAAAUACUUGACGGCCGAGACAUUUGGUUUCAAGAUCAACGCAAGUGCACCCACACUAAGGAAGAAACAGUUCUGGACCCUUGUCCAGGACACGACAGAAGAGGUCGUAUACUUGAAGUCACACCUUAAUAAGUACCUCGCCGGUGAUGCACAGGGCAAUGCAACCGCCGAUUCCGACGAAAAAGACCAAGACACGAAAUUCGUGCUUGAAUAUCAUAAGGACGGAUCCGGAAGAUGGGCUUUCAAAAAUGUCGUGACAGGCUAUUAUUUCGGAGGUGCUGAGGACAAUUUGCGGUGCUACGAGAAGCUCCCGACUGAUAGGGAAUGGUGGGUCGGUCAUCUGGCCGUACACCCUCAGGUUAACCUACGUAACGUCAACCGUAAACGUUACGCCCAUUUGGACAUCAAUGAUUCGGAAAUUCAUUGUAAUGAAAUCAUUCCUUGGGGUGCCGAUUCUUUGAUUACAAUUGAAUUCUGCGAAGGUAAAUACGGAGUGAAGACAUGUGACGGAAGAUACCUUCAUAGAGAUGGUCAGUUGGUCAGUGAGCGUGGGGCAGACACUCUGUACACUUUAGAAAUCCGAUCGGGGCAGUUCCAGGGUCUGGCGUUCAGAGACUGUGUAGGGAAGUACCUGACAGCUGUAGGGCCCCUGGCUACGAUGCGGGCCAGGAACAAGGUGGUCACAAAAGACGAGCUUUUCACCCUCACUGACAGUCACCCACAGGCGACAUUCAUUGCGCACAAUGGCAAGAUGGUUUCCACCAAACAAGGUAUUGAUGUGACAGCCAACCAAGAUGAAGUGACAGACCGAGAGACAUUCCAGCUGGAGUUUGAUACAAGCUACAGUAAAUGGAGCGUCCGCACAGUGGAUGAUAAGUACUGGCUACAACAGAGUAAUGGUGGAAUUCAAGCGACAUCAAUGGAUGCCAAUGAGAACACAAUGUUUGACCUGGAAUGGCAGUCUGAUGGAAAGGUGGCACUAAAGGCUAAAAACAUGUACGUCACUGGAAAAAUGAAUGGAGCCCUUUAUGCCACUAGUGAAACAGUAACAAAUAAAGAACAAUUUCAAAUGACUCUAGUGAACCGCCCAAUUUUGGUGCUAAGAUGCGAUUAUGGAUUUGUAGGCUUCAAGAGCGCUAGUUCUAAUAAAUUAGAAUGCAACAAGUCUGUUUAUGACCUAAUGCAGGUUGAACAUGGGGAAAAUGGAACUUAUUACAUAAAAGCAUCUAAUGGCCGCUAUUGGUCGAUAUCAAGUGACGGCUCCAUUACUGCAGAGAGUGACCAACCACACGCUUUCAUCUUUGAGUUCCAUGGCUAUUCAAAAUUCGCAAUAAAAUCUAACAAUGGAAUGUACCUUAAGGGAGAACAGAAUGGACUCUUUGGCGCAACUGCCCGAGAACUCAAAUACGCCACCUUGUGGGAGUACUAGAAACUAGCAUUAUUAUUUAGAGUGGAGACUCAACUCAACUAUACUAAAGGAGUGUAUAAUAUGUGGGUCCCGUGGAGGGCAGCCCUACUUAGUGAGAGUAUGAAAGGUUACCACUGAGUGGAUUUGGCUACCCUAAAAGUAUACAAUAAGACUUGAGAAGUAAUACACCAUCAGAAAGUAUAACAUCAACUAGAAUUAUCAUAUAGAAAUAAAGUCCAUGAUAACAAUUAUAAACACAAAAUAUAUUAUUCAGAGAGGACAUUGAUUCAUAAGCUUAAAAAGUGCUUAGAAAACAUCUCGGUUGCAUUACUGUAACGAAGCGCAGGUGUCAUUAAGAAUUACUAGAACCGGAGGGCAUUAAUGGUGCCCAUAAUAAAUGCAUAAUACAAUAAAGUCAACAAUCGACAUCUGCGGGCAAUAUGUACGAAGAUGUUCAGAAUCUCAUUUAACAGUUCAAUGUGUUGAUUUGCUUUAAAAUAUUGCAUGCAUGCACGUUGUAGCUAUGAGGUCAAUAUGAUCUCUAAUCAUGUACUGUAAUGUCAAGUCAUGUGAUAUGAUGUCAGGUCAUAUAUUGUGAUGUCAGAUCAAAUGUUCACAUGUGUACUAAUACAAUAUAUUUUAUAGCCCCAGUUAGGGGUUAAGAUUGUCACAAAGGAGACAUUCAAUAUGUACAUCAAUAUACAUAUAUUUACACAUGUACUGAACUUAUAUUAUGUAAGACAUUUUUUGACUUGACCUUUAUUAAAUUGUUUAUGUUUAAAUGUUUUGUUAUGGAUCAGUUAGCUUUUAUAUAUAAUGUAAUUCCAUGUCCAUUUAACAAAGUGCUACAUAAGGCUAAAGUGUCAUUCUCAAAAAGAUUUUAUGAAUGAACAGUAUAAUAAAAAAAUAAAAAAUUAGUUCAGUGUAAAAUGCAGUGUUAAUUACAUGUAAUACUUUAUAGGUCACAAUAUAAUUGGAACUGAUACCAAAGUAGUCUUGCUGUUGCUUCAAGUCCCUUGACCCCCAGGUAGUGGGGGGGGGGGGGGUUCUUGAAGCAAGACUAAUACCAAAGAGAAAAAACAAUCUAAUUGCAAGAUACAUUGUAUUCCUUCAUAGUCUGAGGUAAUAUUAAAUUCAUUUCACAUUGAAACCUAACUCUUUCCAUGUGAUAAUUUGCAAAGUGUAAUAUUAAUCCAUGUGGCUUUGCAGAAAACAAUUUCUAUUUAUUGUCCUCUCUGUAUAUACGAAUCCUGCAUAAAGGCAAGAAACAUUCAUACCAGAAUAUGUAUUUUUGCAUGACAAUGUUUGUGAACAUUUUAAAUACUAUAUUACACCAAGGCAUUAUAUUAUAACUAACCAAUGUUGUUCAAGAGGAAAAUGUACAUAUUUGCAAUGAAAAAGCUAUUUGUAUAAAAUAAACAAAAACAAAACUAUA